AUGAACACCAAGCAAGUACUUUUUGUAGGAACAAUCGCCUUGUUGUUGUCAACCAUCUUUGCUACCGAAUCACCAUCAGAAUCCCCGUCAGAUUCCCCAUCGGCGCCAGGCUGGUUUCAAAAUGGGGACGAUUCCUUCACAUUCGCAUCCGUUGUGGUCUUCAUCACCCCAAACUAUGACCCUGACGCAACAGCAGAAUCCGUGAAUAACAACCAAACAAUUCAGGACCUCUGUGCCAAGACUGACGACCCCACCCAAUGCCUCCAAUUCCUCGGGAACACGCCAGAGGCAGACCCUGCCUCCGUCAUCCUCUCGGACAUCAAGAUCCUCAAGGCCCUUCUUAGCGAAGGCUCCUACAUUGCCGUCCAGGAAGGGUCCAAGGACCCUUCUGUGUCCUCCGAAACCAAGAAGAGCCUCGACGUUUGCCUUGAGAAUUAUGACAAAGCAAACAAGAGCUUGGAUGCAGCCUCGACGGCUUGUGCGGAAUGCGUCAAGGAUGAUAAUGGUGGUGAUAAGGCGAAGAAGUGCCCCAAGGAGACAGUUAAGAAACUGACCGCCAUGCUUAGUGCCGUCGUCUCCAACUUUGGUUUCUGCGAUGAGGCAUUGAAUGCUGCAAGUGGGAAUGCUAAGUUGUGGGUUAUGGAUGCCAAUGAUGCCAUGGCCGACGCUGCCAAUGGAGUACUUGCAGUCGCAAAGACACUAGAUUCAUAA